AUGGAGGCCGGGGUCAUGGGUAUGGGAGACAAGGAAGAAGAAAGAGAUCUAGAAGAUAGCGGGGAAGUUCUGAAGAAGGAUCUCAUUGUAAAUACAUCUGGGCAUUUGGUAUUUAGACAUAUUCCAAUGACAAGACAGCAAGACAUUAGAAAUGGGUCAAAGAAGGUGCAAUGUUCAGGGAUGGAUUUGCAGGAGCCUCAGCAAUUGAUAGAGUUCAGAGCAAACUUUCUGGGCUAUAUACUACAUACCAUGGGAACCAGAGGAGUAAUCGGGGACAAGUGGUCCAUGAGAGUUCUUUGGGCUUGUGCUAUUGGAAGUGCUGUCAGCCUGUAUAUGGUUGCUGUAGAAAGACAAGCACAGAACAGGCAGAGGAUACUGGCUGAAGAACUAAGGGCAAUGGAGUCAGGGGAAAGCAAUGACAACGACGGCUGA